UGGGUUAAAAAUCACUCUACAGUUAUCCCAUCUAGACAUUGGAAAUUUCCUUCCGGCUUCCAUAGUUCACAUUAUACUAACUUAGCAUAUCUUGUCAGUUGCUUUGCUUCUUACCAGGUAUUAGUACUAAUAUCACGAAAACUGUACAAAAUCAAAUCUUUCUAUCUGGACCUUUAAAUAUAAAGCCUACAAUACAAAAAAUACAUAUGGAAUGUCAGAACAGCAGAAGUUUCAAACUGGACGGCCGAAAGGAAAAGGAAUUGUCAGGUGGCAUGGAGCAGUGUCUACAAAUUUGGCAAACCAGCAUGUCCUCAUUCCCAAAGAAGAGUCAAGCAGCGAAAGUGACUCUGAAUCUUUUAUUGUCUCCGAGAAAAAGAGGAAAGGAUUCACACACAAAGUACGAGCUGCAUUCGGAAAAGUGCUUCCUCCAAGACAACGUGAAGACAAUGGAAUCAAACUACUAGGGAAUUUGAGGAAUGAUUUUCCUGAAAGACAGACCCGGAUACCUAAAAUAAUUCAACAUUUAUCACUUCCAAGAGAAAUUUUAAAGAAGCCAGAAAGCAGGCGUUCCCAAGCUGCAACUCUACAUCUGGAUGUUAAUGUUGUAGAAGCUGAAACUGAACGGAUCACUGCGAACAAUGUGUUAGUGCGGUCCAAGAAGCUGACAAGACGUGUGUCCGUUACCUCCGUACCAAGUGGACUUCAGAAGGGGCCAUACUCAGCUAAAAAGAGACACUUUGCCUUCAACAAAAAGAAGAAAAAAACUGGCGACAAAGUGAGGUUCCAGUCAGGAUACACAGUGGAAAAUCUACAGAUGCAGGUUGAUGAUCUUAUUGAAACAAUUGCUGAUAAAUCAACAAAACUGUUGGCACAGAGACACGCAGAGCUCCAGCAAUGUGAGUCCUUGGGAGACGAAAUCCUCCAAUCAUCAAAGCAAUUUCAAAGGGUCUCCAAAAAGAACACAAGGAAAUAUCAAUUUAAAAAUGUGUGUUUUCCUUGUCUUUGCUGCUAUUAGAUGUCAAUAAAAAAACUGGCCCAUUAUA